CGCCGUCUCCACCACCCGAAGUCGCGAACCAAAUCUUCCUUCGCUGAUGGCGCCACUCCUCCCCCAAGCGGUCCCCAAAACCUUCGCACCACCGAUUCCCCGCGCUCGCCACCGCCUCGCGCCGAGACCGCCCUGCGCCGCCGCCUUCCUCCGCGGGCUGUUCCCCGCCCGCCCGCCGCCGGCGAAGGCCGAACUCCUCCGCCUCAUCGCCGACCAGGGCCGCGGCCUCGAGACGCAGUCCGACCCCGCGCGCCUGGCCGACAUCGUCUCCUGCAUCGACGCGCUCGCCGCGGUAUCCCCCGGCGCGGACACCGUCUCCGACGCCGCCAAGCUGUCCGGGACCUGGCGCCUGCUCUGGACCACCGAGCAGGAGCAGCUCUUCAUCGUGCGCAACGCCCCCUUCUUCCGCACCGCCGCCGGCGACGUGCUCCAGGUCAUCGACGUCCCCGGCGGCGCGCUCAACAACGUCAUCACGUUUCCGCCCUCAGGCGCGUUUGUUGUCAAUGGCGUCAUCGAGGUCCAGCCGCCCCAGCGAGUCAAUUUUAGGUUCACACGCGCUGCGCUGAGAGGAAACAACUGGGAGGUACCUUUUCCACCGUUUGGGAAAGGAUGGUUUGACACUGUCUAUUUGGAUGAUGACAUACGGGUCGCCAAGGACAUAAGAGGGGACUAUUUAGUAGUUGACCGUGCUCCAUAUUCUUGGGAUGGAUAGUGUCUGAAGUUCAAAGCUGACCAAAAGAACACUUGGAGAACCUUAUGCUUUCCCAGCUUUGACUUCACAUUUUUACUAUGCCAUUUCUUUUCCUGUACAUUGUUUUUUUUUCUACGGAUACUAUGUGGUAAGUCUGACUCAUGCUGUACUCGCUGUAAGAUAUUCUCCAAAGAAAUUGAUAAAUCAAGUUGAUAUUGUCCGUAUAUGUUUACCUAUGUGAAAGAACACCAACUUGCUCAAGUAUAUUAGCUGCUUUGAGUUGAUGAUGCUGUGGAUAAGGCUCUAAAGUACUUUGAGUACAUAAUGAAAUGGUCAAGAAGGAUCCCACACUUCUACUUGUUGAACUUGGUAUUGCAUUGUUAUGGCCCAGCCAUGGACUUAUUGACAAUUGCAGUUUAUUUUGCUAGUGUUACUUUGCUUGUUGGCUUUAACUUAAAAGUACUGGGUACACCAUAGCUUUAAUUGUUGGUUUUGUGCAUGUGACGUAUGCUCUCAUGCAAUCAGGUCAAUGAAUACAAUCAUCUAUGUAAGGGUAGUAGCAGCAGCAUUGCUUUCUUGAAACCCAACUUUGCUUUGGGAAAAGUAGCAAAUCUUAUGUUGAAAGAUAAGAUUCAGGAUCUAUAAUCACUUACCAUUUGACAACUAAUUGUAGGAGUGUGUCUCAGAUGCAAUUAUUUUUUACUAGACCUCUGCCAGUCAGGGGAUCAUACUGCCGGUCUCGGACUUCAUGUUCAAAUGUUGUACCUGUGGAGUCCAAAUGGCAUGUGCAGUGCAGUGACUCUGCUCUGCAGAAGUAAUUUUUUUGUGAGGUUCUUUGCUAUUCAUCAGAAGUCAGGGAAUGGAUCUGUUUUGCAAUAGAUCAAUUGAACAUCACCGCUAUAUGAUAUUUGAGGUUCUGAGUCGCAGUCGCACAGCAUUGGGAGGGUUUCGGGGGACAGGUUGGACCAUGACCCCCGGGCCAGGCUAUAUAGUGUUGCAGCAUAUUCUGUACUGUAUAGGGUUCGGUAUUGUGUGCAGAAAGAGCUGGCCUACCAAGCACUGCAGCCUGGAGCCAUUUCAAUCAGAACACGAUGGCUUCCUUCCGGAAACAGACCUCUCCAUGGCCCUGCCCAAGUGCUAAUGUCCGGAUGAUCAACAACUCUGAUGAUUGUUGAGAAGGAUAUGAGAGGAGCUGCCCGAGCAGCUUGCCCAUUCAAUCAUGAAAUUUGCACUUUGUAAGCGGAGAUGUUCUUGAACUUGAUUGGCUGCUCACAGGAUUACAACUAUUCACUCUAUUCCCACUCCAGCAAAGGAAGCUCCAGUUACAGCCGCCCAGUCUCAUGUUUCUCAGAAUCCCAACAGACAUUGAAGCACCCAAAUUCGCACCAACAGGGAAAUAUUCAGCUAAAUCAGCAUACGAGAAAUGUUGCAAACCUGUUGGGAUCGUGGCUUAGAGGUUACUGUCCACAUCUUAAACCUUGGAAGAGGAUCUGGAAGAGCUGGGCACCCGGUAAGUGUAAAUUCUAAGAAGGGUGUAGUACCAGUCACUAGUACAAAAAGGCCCUUUUUUCAUGUGGUUGGUCGCACAUAACAAAUGUUGAAUGCCUGAUAGGCUUGCUAAGAGAGGUUUACCGCACCCUGAACAUUGUCCAUUUUAAGUAAUCAAGAAGAGGAGACAAUCAAUCACCUGCUACUA